AUGUCUAGAUAUUCGCUGCGCCAGACGCCCAGAAAGAAGGAACUCUUCAAAGGUAUGGUGGAGACACCCACUGCGUCGCGACGGUCAUCGCGUCGUCAGUCCUCGUUCCCUCCUGAGCUACUAUCCGACCCCGACAACGAGUCCAGCUCGGCCAGCGACAUGCCCACGCGCUCUCGAUCUUUGCGCCGACGCACUGCCAAGCUCACCGAAGGGGACGAGCAGGCAAAGGCCCACACCAAUGGCAAACCUGUCAAGGAGGACGAGGUUGCUGCUUCCAAUGGCGCCCCUGACAAGUCGGCCCCGAAAUCGACUCCCAAGAAGCAGGCUGCGCCAAAGUCAGCCGAGGCCGGCGUCAUUGACGGAUGGCGCGAGGGCCAGGACCCCAAGGUUGACUACUCUGGCGAGUUCGAGUUCGGCGGUUCUGUUGGCACUCUGGCCAUGAUGAUCCUGUUCCCGCUUCUGAUGUGGUACAUGUGGAUUGGGGCUACCUACUACAAUGGCAAGCUCCCUUCCAGAGCUCCUGGCCAGACUUGGGCUUCCUUUGGAGCUCAGCUCGUCAACUACGUGUACACUGGCGCAUUCCCUCACGCAAAAGCUUGGUUCUGGUAUUGGUCCUAUCUCGUCUUCCAGGGUGCUUGCUACUGCUUGCUCCCCGGUGUCUGGGGCUGGGGCAAGCCGCUUCCUCACGAGGGGGGCAAGCAGCUCAAGUACUACUGCAACGCCUUCGUCACGCUCUACUUUACACUUGCCGCCCUGGCCAUGCUGCACUUCACCGGCAUCUGGCCGCUAUACAACGCCAUUGAUGAAUUUGGUCCCCUCCUGUCUGUUGCCAUCCUGAGCGGCUUUCUCGUCAGCUUUGCGGCUUAUCUCUCCGCCCUCUACCGCGGAAAGGAACACCGCAUGACGGGCUACCCCAUCUAUGACUUUUUCAUGGGAGCCGAGCUGAACCCCCGCAUUUUUGACGUGCUGGACUUCAAGAUGUUUUGCGAAGUUCGCAUGCCGUGGUACUUCCUCCUCAUUCUCAGCCUGGGCGCCGCCGCACGCCAAUGGGAGCGCUACGGCUACGUCUCCGGCGAAGUCAUGUUCCUCGUCAUGGCCCACUACCUCUACGCCAAUGCCUGCGCCAAGGGUGAGGAGCUCAUCAUCACCACCUGGGACAUGUACUACGAGAAGUGGGGGUUCAUGCUCAUCUUCUGGAACCUCGCCGGGGUGCCGCUGUCCUACUGCCACUGCACCAUCUACCUUGCCAACCACGAUCCGUCCGAGUACCACUGGAACCGCUGGUUCCUAGCUUUCAUGUACAUUGCCUACCUGUUCUGGUACUGGGUCUGGGACAGCUGCAACAGUCAGAAGAACCGGUUCCGCGCAAUGGAGCGCGGAAAGAUGGUGGCCCGCAGGACCUUCCCUCAGGUUCCGUGGCAGACACUGCAGAAUCCCCAGACCAUCGUGACUCCCAACGGUACCAUCCUCGUCGACGGCUGGUACGGUCUUGCCCGCAAGAUUCACUACACCGCCGACGUGUGGUUCGCCAUAUCCUGGGGCUUGAUCACCGGAUUCGAGUCAGUCCCCCCCCUCGCCCGCCCUGCAAAGUCUAACGCGUCAACAGGAGUCCGUUUCCUUGGUUCUACCCAGUCUUUUUCUGCUGCAUGA